AAGGCGCUAUAUUUAAAGUAUUUUCGUUAUUAGCUACUGAGGUUGAUGAUCGUCUACUAUUGCGGUUUGAAGAAUUAGAUGAUGAUGAUUUUGUAGGUUGUGUUGAAAGUAUUCAUGUGUCUCUCAAGAAUCAUAAUUUACCAUAA